AUGAUUUAUUUCUUCCUAUUCACGACCUGGCCAUUCUGGUAUCUUGGCGAGGACGAGGUUUUAAUUUUCCAAAUGAUUGGCUUUGUGGAGAAGUUGCCAGCUGAAUGGGAGUCUAAGUGGGAAUCAAUGUUGAUGAAGUCGAGCCAUAAUCUGGAGCCAGAAGAAGAACUGUUGCUAAUCUUGCUCGAAGAUUAUGGAACCUCAAACCUUGAACGGAAGUUUGCUGGGUUGGUACCCAAUCCAACACUCGAACCUCUACUUCAUGUGACCCAAGCAAGGAUUGAUGCGAUUUUUACUGUCUAG